GUGUCUGAAAGCCUUUGCGAGUGACUGUUGAUCGUAUACUUUUCUAUCGUUUUUAUCCUAAUAACAAUAAUUAUGGAUCCUGCGGUCUUCCCGGAAGAGAUUUGGAUUAAAAUUUUGUUAUACUGCGAUGUACCUGACAUUAUUGCUUUCGGCAGCACCUGCAAGUAUUUAAGGAAAACGUCGGAUACGGACUAUUUGUGGAAAAUAAAAUGGCUGCAGUUGAUUUCAAAGGUACAGUUUAGAUUCCCAGAUAUAAAAUGUCUGCAGUUACUUAGCGUCAGCUUUAAAGCCAUGUGCUACAGAUUGCAUAUGGUGAUAACACUGGGAGAGAAUGUACCUUUUCCAAAAUGUUAUCACUGCAGUGGCUAUACGUGUCAAAGAAAUUGCGUGGAAGGUUCCAGUGCCAAGGUGGUGAUUGAAAUUGGAAAUAAAUACACAUGGGUCAUUACACCAUACUUUGGUUUGAGAAGACAUUUCUCAAUGUUUGGCAUUCCAAAAUACAACAAUAAAACUCAUUUGGAACAAGUACAGACUCAGAAUGUUCCGAGCUGUAGCACACGUUCGAAAUCCGAUACAAAGUCGUUAGCGAAGAGAUUGAAAUUAUUGAAAUUAUCGGAAUUGGCAACUGCUAAGAUUCCACGGCCAAGUGGACCAUUCUGUGUUUUCUGCAAUUCCGUGAAAUUAUACAGGGAGAAGCGAAGAUUAAUUACACAUCAGAAUGAUCCAAUGUGUUAUACUAGAUCCAAUCCAGUUUAUCAGAAACUUAUAAAUGGCUACUGCACUGACACAGUUGAAGUUUUGGGUAUUCCAAAUGUAGAUAUUGUGAGUCCAGCAGAAGCGUUGCUAUAUGAAGGCACGUUUCCAGUUCUUAAGACCUUUAUCGAUCACUUGUUUCAUCAAAUGAAUUUAACUGCAAUGUUGAGAAAACCAAACACUGUUCUCAAGUUCUGUGAACCACUGGCUAUGCAUCCAACAUUGAGAAAACAGUUGUUACAUUAUUUAUUCCAGGAAGUCAAAGUGGCAAGAGUAUGUCUUGUACCGAAACCUUUGGCAGCAUGUGCCAUGCUAGAUGUAGAAACUUGUGUGGUGGUUGAUAGUGGUGCUUUGAGCACAACAGUAGCUGUUGUAAUUGGAGGACGAGUUAUACCACAACGCUGGAAACUGCUGCCUGUAGGCGGUUGGCAUGUUGCUUAUCACUUGAAGCAAGCUAUGCAUUGGCAGCCGAAAGAAUAUCAUCAGAUCCCUAUAUCUUAUUUAGAUACUCUGGCUGUUAAAGAAAGAUGUAGACUGAGCUACAAUAUUAAAAACGAAGAAAAACGUCUUCAAAAAUUAAGAGAACAUAUUAAUCUCAGAGUUGACAGCUAUGCAGACUACAAACAAUUCUGGAGAGUUUCAUUAGGCCCCGAGUUGUACAUAGCUCCCGAGAUGAUGUACAUUAGCCUACGUUUACCGGAAGUUAUAAAAGAAGUAACAUCAGGAUUACCAGAAGACAUAAUGCACGAUUGCCUCUCGCAUAUUUUACUUACUGGUGGAAACACAGAUCUUUCCGGUUUUGAAUUGAGACUUACCAAGGAUCUGCGAGAGCAAUUGCCGGAAUACAGCAAGAUUUUAGAAGUAAGAAGCUGUCCUGGCACGCAUAGUUGGAACGUCGCAAUGGGGUCUACAUAUGUGCCUUUAGCUGUGCAUCCUGAUAAAACUCCACCGGAAUAUAUUGAAGGUAGUCCAUUUUGGCUAUCACGAGAAGAAUACGUACUGUUUGGAUGUGAGUCUCUCGAACAUAGCAAUGAGGGUGUAAUAGAUGAUGCCUUAUAAUAUGAUUGAUCAAUUAUAUGACGCAUAUAUAAUUUAUAAUGACAGGAAAGUAAGUGUUACCAUCAUUAAGUAUAUUUUCUCUUAUAUUGUCUAUAAAUUGAAAGAAAAUAAUGUAGAUAGUUGUGAAGAGAGAGAGAGAGAGAGAGAGGGGGGCCUGAAACACAUUCCAAAAUAUAAUCAUGUUCACUCUUUAAAGGUAUCUGCAUACGUUUCUCAAAUGUUGCUAUUCAUAAUUUCUGUGUGUGUAUGUGUGUAAAAGAUUAUAGUUCGGUAGUUCUGAUAUUACUUUUUUUUAUAACUUCCGAUAAAAACGUAAGCAAAUAUAUACAUCAUUUUGGGAGCUAUGUACUCGGGACCUAAUAAAACUCUCUACGGAAAGGAUAUUAAAAUAAAAGUUUGCAGCAAUACUUUCAAUAUUUUACGACAAAAACUUGAAUAUAUUUCUUUUUAAAUGUAAUUUGAUGUAUAUGGAAAGAGAGGAAACAUAUAUUCAUACGUAUCCAGAAUUGUUUGUAGUUUGCAUAACUCUGAAAUUAUAUAUGCUCUCUUAAUUUCUAAAGGCAUUUUUCUUCAUUCUUAAUAUCGCUUCAUUUUGAUCUGUAUCGAACAUUUUGAAUAAGAAUGUUGUUUGUUACAUAUUUAUUUUGUGCACAGAAUGUAUUAUUUUUGAAUUAGAUUUUUUUAUAUACGUGUAAAAGAGA